AUGGCGGGCAGUGACGCCGAAGCUUCCUCCACAGUGGACCGCGGUCGUUCCAGUGGCAGCAUGAGGCUCCCUCCUCUCGACGCCCCUGCAGCUGCUGGUGCAGCUGCUGGCAGUGGGGGCAUGGGCAUGGGCAUGGGCAUGGACCGACCUAGUGCAGCAGGGGCAGGGGGUGGAGGGUCUCUCCUGGAGCGCACGUCGGGUGCGUCUGGCAGCGGUGGCGCGCUGCUGUCUCGCCUCUUCCGCACCUCCUCUGCUCUAAACCCCAGCGAGUCUGUGAAGCGGUUGCUGAUGUGGCCGCGGGCGGGCUCGCAGCUGUUUCGCUGCUCCCCCUCCGCCCGAGCCGCCACCAACUGCUGGUCGCCUGCUGACCCCUCCUUGCUGCUCGUGCGAGGUCCCAGCUACGCCAGUGACGGGGCCAAGGCUGCCCAUGCCGCGCCCCCUCUCUACGAGCCCUGGGCGCCAGACGUCUUUCACACGUCCCCCGUCCUCCCUCCCCAAACCCCCCCUGUCUAUCCAUGCAGCGAUGGGGCUAAGGUCGCCCCUGCUGCACCCCCCAUGUAUGAGCCGUGGGCGGCAGACGUCUUUCACACGUCCAGGAAGAUCCGCCACAUCGCUGCCCAUGUGGACCUCCCAGCCGCUCUCGUGCCGCCACCUGGCAGCGAGCCAGCGACGCAGAGCAGCAACGGACUGCCACCCGUGCUAAUCGUCAAUAUCCAGAACCUGUGGUUCCUUUCUCCUAUUACUGGAUUCUCGUCCGUCUCUCCGGCCCCUCUGCCACCCCCCUCUACCACCCCCCUCUACCACCCCCCUCUGCCAACCCCCUCUGCCACCCCCCUCUGCCACCCCCCUCUGCCACCCCCCUCUGCCACCCCCCUCUGGCACCCCCCUCUGGCACCCCCCUCUGGCACCCCCCUCUGGCACCCCUCUCUGCCACCCCCCUCUGCCACCCCCCUCUGCCACCCCCCUCUGCCACCCCUCUCUGCCUCCCCUGCCCACCCUCCAGCUGCCCCUGCAGCCGCCCCCGCCACUGCUCUCGCUGCAGCAGCGGGCGUGGGAUGGGCCGGGCCUGAGUGUGGUGCUGUACUGUCGCCUGGGGGCGCACUGGCGCACUCAGGCAAGCGCUCCUGCACAGAUGGGGGUACGUGGGCCUGUGGUUAUGGGGGUGUGCGGCUAUGGGGUCCGUGUGUGCGACGGGCCGGGCUGGGCCUGAGUGUGAUGCUGUACUGUCGCCUGGGGGCGCACUGGCGAGGGGAGGCGAUGCCUCCCGUGCAGAUGCAGGUAUGUGGGCCUGAGUGUGGUGCCAUGGUGUCACUGUUGCCUGGGGGCGCACUGGCGUGCCCAGACAGGGGCUCCCUCUGCACUCAAUCCCUCUCCCCUCACCAUCUCGCAUCUGCUGCUGCUCCCGUGCUGCUGCCCGCCCAUCCCCACUGCACUGCGUGCCUCUCUGCAGCCUGUGCUGCGUGCGUGGGGUCCAAGGCACGCCCAAGGGAAGCAAGGAGGAGCGCCAGUGGAGGGAGAAGGCGAGGGGGGAGGAAAAGAGGCAGAGAACAGUUCCCCUCACGUUCCUCGUGCCGCGACCGAGGAGCCGGUGAAACCGCAGAGCAGCAGCACGGGACAGCAGGCACGGCAGCAGAGGAUGCGGAGGCGGCAGGGGAGGGGGCAGCAGGGCGAGAGGCGGAGCGUUCAGUCCCACAUGUUGAAGGCAACAGUGGCGGCAGCAGCGGCAUCAAGACGCGGCGCAGCAACAGUGGCAGGCGGAGAGGCAGCUGGUCCAGCUACUCGUCUGCUGAUGAUACCGCCGUGGGGGGGGAGGUGGCAGCACAAGGGCAUGAAGGGAAGGGGCAUGGUGGAAAGGAUCAUGGGGGAAAGGAGCAUGUUAGGAGGGAGCACGGGGGGAAGUCGGAACGGUGGUCAAGGUCCGGGGGAGAAGAUGGGGAAAGGGAAGGCAGGGUGGAAAAGGUGGUUUGGGAUCGGCCGAAGCUGAUGGUGAGGCUGGUGAACGAAGGGGAGGUGGCUCUGGGUGCAGCGGGCAAGAAGGUGGUGGAGGGGUGCUCAGGCAGGGCUGUACUCACUCGCCGUUACCACACCGUUCUGCAGGUGAGAAGCGUGCUACUGUGUGAAUCAUAUCUCAUACAACCCACCUCUCCCCUCCUUUCCCCCCCUCGCCCUGUCGUCCGCCCCGCCUUACCUGGGGCUGGGCCUUCCUGCCCCUCCUAUCACCUCAAUCCUUCUUCCCCUUUCCCCCCCUGCUACUCUCCCCCCUUCUCCCCCAUUUCUCCUCCUUUUCCCCCAGUUGUCCACCCAGCCAUACCUGCAGCUGGACAUAGACGCACAUUCCUUCCUCCUUUCCCCAUCAUAUCAACUCCCCCGUCCCCCUCUCGCCCCCCUUCUCCCCCCCUCCCCCAGUCAUCCGCCCAGCCCUACAUGGAGCUGGACAUAGACGCACACGCAUUCCCCCCCGCGCAUCAGAGGGCGCUGCUCUCCCUGCGCCCCCACCUGCCCGACGCCAUCCUCGACCUUGCCCUCGUGCUGCAGGUCGAGGCGCAGGCUCAGCAAGUGGGGGAGCGCGUGGGCGGCGCGAGGGCGCCACGUGGCGAGAACGUGGCGGGUGACUUUUACGUGGACCACACGUGCAUCAACUGCGACGUGUGCCGUUGGAUGGCGCCCGAAGUGUUCGCCAAGGUCGGGUCGCAGUCCGCCGUGUUCGCACAGCCUGGCGACGAGGCCACUGCCGUCAAGGCGCUCCAGGCGCUGCUAUCGUGCCCGACGGCCUCCAUCCACUCGCGCGACUCGCUAUCGCUCGUGCCGCGGGCGCGCGACGCGUUCCCGCUGCCCAUCGACGCGGCGGCGUUGCCCGGCGUGUUCCACUGCGGCUACCACUCACGCAAGUCCUUCGGCGCCGCCUCCUACUUCAUCCAGCGCGCGGCGGGGAACGUGAUGGUGGACUGCCCGCGCUACUCGGAGCACCUGGCGGAGACGCUCGCGCGCAUGGGCGGCGUGCGCUACAUCGUGCUCACGCACCGCGAUGACGUGGCGGACCACGCGCGGUGGGCGGCGCGGUUCAAGGCGGAGCGUGUCCUCCACGCGCUGGAGGUGCAGCCCGACACGACCGACGUGGAGAUGCCACUCGACGGCACGGGGCCGUGGUGUCUUGGGUCGGACCUCAAGAUCAUUUUCACCCCCGGUCACACCGAGGGCUCCGUGAGUGUGCUGUAUAAGGCGCACGGAGGGGCGCUCUUCUCAGGGGACCAUCUGGCGUACGCUCCUAAUACGGAAAGCCUUUCCAUUAUGAGACGAGUCAACUGGUACUCGGUGCCGGUGCAAGUUCAGAGCACCAAGAAGCUGGUGGGGCUGCCCUUCCGCUGGCUGCUGCCAGGCCACGGGCGGAGGUUCCACUUUGAGAGUGAGGAGGAGAGGGAUGCGAUGCUGCAGCACGUGGUGGCGGGGGAGGAGGCGCUGCUGCUGCGGGGCCACUAG